CAAAUAUUGUGCGCCGCAUUAAAUAAACGGAUAAUUUUCAUAAAGAUUUUAGUAACAAUAUUUAUGGAACUAUUAUAGUCAUAUGUUAAAAGUUUAAAUGAAAAGUAUUAUGAAUUUUAAAUUCAGUUGACAAUAGUGAUGAAAUUGUUUUAUAAAAAUGUAUCAGUUUUAUAACUUGAUACAUAAGAAUUUCAAAAUGACAGAUUUCCUAAAAGGACUUAUAUCUUGGCUAUUAUUUUCUGUGAUUGAAGCAAAGUCAAAUUCAACAGAUUCGGGUCGAUUUGGAGGAUUAACAGAUGAUAUGAUAAAAGGACUUUCUGCUGGAUUUGGAUUUUUCAUAGCGCUUAUUUUUCUUAUUUGUCUGGUAUGGUACUGCUGUUGUGCAGAACCAAGGGAUUCUGAAAAUGUGAAAUGGAAUACUCAAUCAUCAAAUAAUCAAAACAGUUCACAGACAAAUCGACGACAACAUGUUUCAAAUACUAGUUCUUCAAGAGCAGACGAGAAUAGAAACCAGAACAGACGAGUGUUUGCAUAGUGCGAUUGUUCUUGUUACAUUUGUACUAGCUUGUAUGCUCUUAAUGCGGACUUGUGUAACAGGACCGAAAAAAAAUCGUAUAUGUCUAGAUUGAAACUAUAACCUUAUGUGUAUAUUGUAUACAAUUGUGUAAUUAUAGUUCAAAAUGCCUUAUGAACGAAUGGCUGUUAUGUGAUAUGUUAUUUGUUAAAUAUUUUUAGUUUUUAAGCAUGCGUGAAUCGUCAAUGAAAAUGUGUUGUACAAAAACAACCUGAUCAUACUACAACAAGUGAUCCGGAUAUUCUAAAUAUUUGGGAUAACAACAAAGUUUUAUAAAGAAAAUCAAAAAAGAAUAUGGAAAUGAAUAAACAUUGUUUUUUAAAUCAAAUGGCGUUUAGAAAAAAGUGACAUGUUUUUAUCACUUUGCGUCAAUCUAACGUACAUUCAUUUUCGGAACGCAGUAUUUUUGUGAUUCUAAAUUUUAUUAGACGAUUAACAUGUUUCAUUAUCCAAACGGACAACAUUUAAAUAGAGUGCAUUUUUAUAAAAUAUUCCUCUUUUCGUUGCGAUCUGAAGAAAGAUAUGGCCAUUCUAAACAAAAUUUGAUUCGAAUUGGCCAUGUUUGUCUCGCUUUUUCCGAGUUGGGGCUAUAUCUUGUGAUAAGGUCAUGUUAAGCAAAUCAAUGAUCCUUAGUUUACAGGUUAACAAGCAUGGACAUAUGUCGUUUCCGUUAAGAUUAGUUGGACCCGCCCCCUUAAUCUGGAUAGAUCGACUUUAUAACAGUUGCUUAGUUUUAGAUGAUAAAGUUUAUGAGUAUUUUAAAGAGAACCACUAAUUGUAUGCUAAUGUUAUUAAAUCCUUAACAAAAAGUUUCAAUUUAAUGUCAUUGAGUGGGAGUAAAAAAACUGCAGCAUACGUGACACACAUUUACUACUGUAACCUUAAGAAAAAUCACAUUAUAAUCAUCACCAUUUAUGAAACUAUUUGUCAAAAAUUAACUGGUCUUUGCUGGAUGAAUGAUGUAAAGAAUUCUACAAAUUAUCGAUAUUUGGUUCUGGUUAAUUAAAACGAUGAUUUCCUCCUAAACUAAACACUAAAGUGGAAAUGUUUUUAUUUAUAUCUUUCUUUUUUUUUAUUUCUAGUAGUCUAAAUAGAAGCUCAAAAUUUCAGAACUUAUUUAUUCUUUGGACAUUCUUUCUGGAUUAGUCUGGAAAGGUGGUAACGAUGGUUUUCCGCCACUCGGAGUGUUCACUGAGAACACAACCAAUUUGGUAAUUAUUAAAUUGAAGAAAAAAACACGAAUUCAGCAAGUAAUGAUUGGAUGAAAUGUCCUGGUAUCUAUGAUGAUUUUCAAAGGCGGAUUUUUUUUGGGGGGACCAGGGGGCCCGGGCCUCCCUUUUUGGGAAAAAAUUAAGUUGCUUAUAUAGGGAAUCACUGAAGCGUGACUGGAGCGGGCCCCAUCUUAGGUUAGUCAGUGGGCCCCCACUUAUGAAAACUUCUGGAUCCGCCACUGAUUUUAUUCAUUGUAUGGCUUCACAAAAAUUUCAAUAUUUUGGUUUAUUCAUAUUAUUUAUU